AGAAACGAAAUCCAAAAAGGAAAAACUGUGCUCUGCAACACGAUUGACGAUUUCGAUUCCGCUUUGUGGAUGCCUCUGGAACUCUCCAGUCCUGCGUCCGUUCAUCCUAUCGCUGGACCUUCCACUUCCAGUGCGUCUUCAUGGUUUUUUCAUCCGUUCCCUCUCUCUCUUUCUCAAAUUUCUGCUUCCGCCGUUCUCAAACUCGCCUCUCUCACUCUCAAGCGUUCAGUCUCUCUCGCUCUCAAACGUUGCCGAUCUGUCGAAACCCAUAUUCCUUUCCUCAAAAUCCAAGAAAUUGGAAGAAGCAAAGAACAUGUAUGCUUUUAGCACCACCACCUACACUGGAUUCCAAUGAACUAUAUCCGAAGAAGCAUCUGAAAAAUUCAAAGCUUAUGGAAUGAUUUUAAAAAAAUCAGGCCAUAAUCAGUUUGUACAGGAAUACCAAGAAAUCAGGGAUUAGGAUUAAUCUCCCUGUUAACAUGUGGCCAGUAACAUGUCCAGGGCAAGCUUUGAAUGCACCUGAUGACUUGCCUAAGAAUGUCACACGGACUUUGAAUCAGGGCUCAAUUCCCAUGAGCAUGGAUUUUCAUCCUUCAGAGCAGACUCUACUUCUUGGCGGAAUCACCGCCACCAACAGCUAUGGCUACACAGUUCGUCGUCAUCCAGUAUUCCUCCAAAAUUCCACUAUCUCUCUUUCUUCUCUCCUACUCAGUGCGUCUCUAUUCUUCCAGGUUGCUGAGAAGAACAAAGAUGUGCAAUUAAUAGAUUUUGUUGAAAUCAAGAUUUUAGCUGAGCAGGUGGAAGCCUAUCAGGAAAAUAUCUGAACAUUUUGCUCAACUAAGGACACUUCACAAAGGGCACAGUAGGAACCCCUUCUGCCUUUCUAUAUUGAUGAAAUACUGAUGGAAAUGAGUUUCUUGCCAAGGCUCACAAGGCACUGAAAUGCCCUUGCAAAGCCGACUUACAAAGUGGGCCCUAUGGACUUCAGUUUUCAGAGGCUUUUCUCUGUUAUCUUAAAAGCACGGUGGAAGAAAAGGGAUCAGGCUGUGUCCAUCCAUUUGUAGUUUUGCAGAAUUGUAUUAAAGUUAAUCCUUCUAAAGACAAUUUAGAAGAAGAUGCGAUUAACAAA